AUGGUUGCCGACCUUUUCCGCGACUCGACCGUCGGUCAAAUAGUCAAUUAUGUCUCCAACGGUCGCUUGCUUCCCUACCCCGAGCAACGACGAGGAUAUGUAGUACCUAAACACUAUCUCCUCCCAGCUCAACUCUCCGAUUCCUUGAACGGCACCCCAGUCGCUUCAGAUGCCGCGACCCUUUGCGAUCCGAAAACACCCAAUACGCACCUGAAGCGAGAAUCGACCCUUGUAGAGGAUCUGGAGAAGAAUAUCAUCGACGAAAAGACCAUUCCAGAUCCGUAUCUGGUCGACUGGGAAGGCGAUUCAGACCCUGAAAAUCCUAGGAACUGGACGUUCAAGAAACGCGCUUUCACCGCGUUCUGCAUAAGCUUCCUCACAUUCAGUAUUUACAUCGGCUCCGCUAUCUAUACUUCGUCUAUCCCCGGGUUAAUGGUCGAAUACAACGUCUCGCUGACAAAAGCUACAUUGGGGCUCACCCUCUAUGUUGUUGGUUACGGACUUGGACCCAUGUUUUUGUCGCCGUUACAAGAACUUCCGCUCUUGGGAAGAAACCCUGUCUAUAUGGCGGGUCUCCUUCUCUUCGUCAUCUUUCAGAUCCCGAUAGUCAAGGCCACCAACAUGAACACCGUCCUCGCUAUGCGGUUUUUCACCGGUUUCUUUGGUAGUCCAGCACUGGCGACCGGAGGCGCCUCUAUGGCAGACAUAUUUCCCGGUAGCCAAUUGGCCUACGUUCUGGGUGUUUGGGCUCUUGGUGCCGUCGCUGGACCAAUCACCGGUCCCGUCAUUGGUGGCUUUGCGGCACAAGCCAAGUCUUGGAGAUGGCCAAUGAUGGAACUCAUCUGGAUCACCUCGUUUGCGGUUGUCUUCUUGUCCAUCUUCUUGCCAGAGACAUACGAACCAACCAUUCUAUUGCGACGUGCAGAACGCCUUCGGAAACUCACUGGUAACCGCAAUAUCCGCACUGCGGCAGAACGUGAACAAGAAUCAAAAAAGGCAACCGACAUCGCUUACGAAGCUCUCAUCCGUCCUGUAAUCCUUUCCAAAGAACCCGCGCUUGCUUUUGCCAGCAUCUACCUGGGAUUUGUCUAUGGUCUUUUCUACCUUUGGUUUGAGGCCUUCCCCCUGGUCUUCACAGACAUCUAUCACUUCAACUUGGGUGUGAGCAGUUUGCCUUUCCUUGGAUUCAUUGUCACUGGAACCUUGACUUACACUGUCUAUUGCUUGUACCAAAAGUACCACAUUGCCCCACGUGUCGACCGCAUUGAAGCUGCCAACCUCAAAGUCGCGCCAGAAAUCCGUCUUGAGAUCGGAUUGAUGGCCAGCAUCUUCAUUCCUGCGAGCAUCCUUAUUUUCGGAUUUGCGUCCAGGUCGACGGUGCAUUGGAUUGUUCCUGUGAUCGGAGCCUCGCUCUACCUACCCGGCAUUUUCCUCGUCUUCCAGAGCAUCCUGAUGUAUGUCUCUACGGCAUACGAGGACCACGCAGCCAGUGUUCUCGCCGGAAACGACCUUUUCCGUUCGACAAUUGCCAGUGUUUUCCCCCUGUUUGGUCGUGCAUUCUUCGUGAACCUGGGACUCGGUCCAGGCUCUGCUCUGCUCGCGGGCAUCUCGUUUGUCCUCAUGCCAGUGUACUGGCUUCUCCUCAAAUACGGUCACGUUUUACGACAACGCUCCAAAUAUGCCUCCACCCCGUAG